UUAUUAAAUAAUUUUUUCAGAAGUUAUUAUUGCAUGUAUUUUUACAUUAAAUGGUCUUUACAAUGCUUACUUGUAUGUUUGGCCAACUAUUGGACAGAGUCCUCUUGAACUGACUCCAGUUUACAGAAAAUUAUUUAAGAUUAAAGACAAUGAUAUUGGUUUCAAGUAUGCGUCAACAGAAUUUAAUCGUACCUCAAGUCCAAAAUCUAAAGUUUCAGCUGUCACGCCAAAUUUUGUUUUACCAUCAGCUAAUUAUGUAUCUGAUUUGUCAAAUUCAUCUUCAUUUUCUUCACUUAAUUCUUCAUUGGAUCAUUUAGGAUAUAGUUGGACAAAUUCUAGUGGGAUGUCAAGUCCAAAUGCAAGUGUUCCAAGUAAUUCGUGGAUGUAUACCAGUUUUCCAUCUCCAUAUCAGUUUCAGAAUACAUCACCAAAUAUAUCUGCUUUUCCUUCUUACAAUACAAUUAAUGAAAAUAGCAGAUUGAGAAACAGAUGGGAUUCUACACUUUCAUCAUCUGGUCAGUCAGAAGGUAGUUCUGGAAAUAUAUCAUCAUUUUGGAAUUAUCCACAUUCUUCCAUGCCUUUUACUCCUAUUUUACGUAAAUACCAAUAUCAACCAGCCACACGAUCACCACAGUCUUCUACCAUUCAUGAUAGUGAUCCAGAUUCUUCGGCAACUCAAUCUGGAGAUGGAAUGUGGAGUAAAUUGAAGAUUUCUGAAGACCAAUUAACCAUCUGGGUUGCAAAUUUGAGAAAGUGGAUUAGUCAAACAAUAUUGGUAAAGCUAAUUAGCGAAAUUGAAGUAAUUAAUGAUGAUUUAAGGAGACUUGGUUCAGCAGAACUGCAAAUUGGAGAGGUGAGCCUAACAACAUUGCGUCAAGUUGCUCUGACAAAAAGCCAACAUUUACCAACAUUGAAUGGCUUGUUGCCUUAUUUAGAUAUCACUAGCAAUCAAGAAUAUUUAUUUCAUAGAUUAAAAGAAUUGGCUAGAAGUGGAUGCAUGAGUGAAUUUCAUUGGAAUGGUGGAGGAAGUUUUAAAGGAAAACCCUGGAGUGACCAUUUACCAACUGAUUGUGCUAUUGUAAUGCAUGUUCUCUGUACCUAUUUGGAUUCUCGUCUUCCUCCAGACCCACAUUAUCCUGAUGGCAAGACUUUUACCUCUCAGUAUUUUAAGAAAACACCUGAUAAAUUGGAUAUAAACAAGGAUACUUUAUGUAUUUACCAAUCCAGAGUUAUCCCACCACAUUACAGAGUAGUUAUUGGAGAAGAAACAUGGGAUUUUGCUAAAGGUCGAAAUAAUAUGUUUUUUGCAAUAUUGUUUUUUCUUCUUCAUGUGAAAACUGAACUGUGUGGUAUGUUAGGGCGAGUGAAUCUUGGUCCAUCAGGAGUUAAUAUCUUGUGGAUUAUUGAUUUGUAGAAAAUUUAAAUAAAUUGGGAAUUUCAUAAUUACCA